UCGUCCCUUUUGAAGCAACCUGCUCACUUGUCAAACCUGUCGCAGAGUCCUGGGGCUUUGUUGCCUUUCGUGUGUGCAUUCGUGGUCGUUAAUGCGCGCGCUUACAAGACGGGGAAAAGUGGCGAGCCUUUCGUGACCGUCCUCGAAAGGGAGAGGACAGUGCUCUUCUAGACGGUAGCGCGAGCAGGCCGUGGAAGAUGAGGAAGAAGGCGCGCGCUGCUCGCCCUCUGCGGUUCGAUGGAGGCCACCGUGCUCCCGCCGCUAUGAUCCCCGGACGAGCACAAAAUUGAGCCCCGCCUGGGCACCGCCGUCGACCUCUGGGAGCAGCGUGCGCUGCUGCGGGCUCCACCAUGGCGGCGGAACACCCGCAGAGAACGAAACUGCGCUACCAGAGCAACUCGACGUUCGUGCUCAAGCCAAAAUCGGCUGGCGGAGUGCAGCCGCGCUUGGCGCACCAGAAGGGCCCGUCGGCCACCCGAAUGGUGGCGAGCGCGGAGGUGUCCGACACGGCCACGACGGCGGCCACCGCCAUGCCGGUGUCGUCCACCAUCAACACGCCGUCGGCACGCACCUCGUACAUGGCGCUCGAGAUGAGCGAGACGCCCGCCACCAUGAUGGGCGUGAGCAGCAUGGGUCCCAUGGGCUAUCCGACCAGUGGGAGCCCCAUAACCACCUUCGGCAGCAUGCACCCGGGUCUCUACUCGGACAUGCGCGGCGAAGAGACGUUCGAUGCCGACUUUGGCUCUGACGGUCGGCGGCCUCGCUGGCGGGGGGCCUCCGCCAUGCGGUCGCGCUCCCGGCGGGCAGCGGGCUCCUCGAGCCGCAUGCUGCCGGCCGACAGGGACUUCGACGCCGACGACGAGUCCGAGCGGCGCGGCGACGACCGGCGAGCGCGCCGCCGGCGCCAGGGCCGCAGGGGCCGCCGCUCCAGCUUCGACGAGGACGACGACUUCGACGACGGAGCCGGCGGGCGCCUCGUGUGCACCUGCGGCGGCAGCAGCAGCGGCGGGGCCGCCGCCGCCGGGAUCGCCAGCCAGAGGCCCGAGGACUUCGAGGACCUGUUCGUGCUCAAGAAGACCGGCGAACGCAAGAAGAAGAAGAAGAAGAAGAAAAAGAAGCCUCCGCCGCCACCACCGCCACCCCCCGGAUUCAUGGGCAUGCUGUGCGGGCUGUUUGGCUCAAAGCCGCCGCCGCCGCCACCGCCUCCCGAAGAGUCCAGCUCCGAGUCAGAGUCCGAGUACGAAUCCGAGUACGAGCUGAGGAGGCUGGACCGCCAGCAGCUGGAGCACUUCUGCCGGCAGAUCGACUUCAAGCAGUUCAUCAAGUUGCCCGAGCCGGAGAAGAAAGAAGAGAAGAAGGAGGCAAAGCCCGCCACUGAUGCCAAGCCCGCCGCUCCGCCAACGCCCCUCGACGUCAAGGUUCCGGUCAUAUUCGUUUUCGGUGGCCCCGGUUCCGGCAAGGGCACGCAGUGUGGCAAGAUCGUAGAGAAGUACGGAUUCACGCACAUCUCUUCCGGGGACCUGCUGAGAGCGGAGGUGCAGUCCGGCAGCGAUCGGGGCAAGGAGAUGAACGAAGUCAUGAAGAAAGGAGAGCUCGUCCCGCUGGACAUCGUGCUUCAGCUGCUUAAAGAGGCAAUUAAGAAAGACUUGGAAAAGUCUAAAGGUUUCCUCAUCGACGGCUACCCCAGGAACACCGAGCAGGGAGACCGAUUCGAGGCCGAAGUGUGCAAGUGCACGCACUUGAUCUACUUCGAGGUGAAGGACGAGACGAUGAAGACUCGGCUUCUGAAGCGAGGCGAGACGAGCGGCCGCGUCGACGACAACGAGGAGACCAUCAGCAAGCGCAUCAAGACCUUCCACACCGAGUCGGAGCCUGUCCUCGAAAAGUACAAGACCAUGGUGCACAAGGUCUCCGCCGAAGAGGAUCCUGACAAGGUGUUUGAAACGAUCGUUCCGUUCUUCGACGGUAUUACCAAACCAAAAUAACGACAUGUCUCUGCAGUAAACAUUUUCUAUUUUUUUCUCUUCUUUCUUUUUUUGAAGAAAAAAAAAACAAUUCAGAGGAGUCUUGUUU